AUAAACGCCGGCUCCCGCUCCGGCACUGUUGUGCUACUACGGCGCCGGCUCUGCUCUGCUCUGCUCUGAGGCUCCACCGGAGCCUGCACAGUAGUACGCACAGGACAGCACAGUAGCGAGGGCAGGAGAGACGCUCGGCAAACCCUUUGUGAUGACCAGGAAAGGGCACCGAAUUAUAUUUUUCAGUCUUCCACUCGUGACCCACCAAAGCAUAAACGGAGACUGGGCGACGACUUGUGAUGAACAAGGUCGUCUUCCUCACAAAUAUCUACGCCCUCCAUCUACUCUCUGUCAGCUACCCUCCCCAGGUAAUUAGAUUAAUCCCUUAUUCGGAUGAUGGUAUAUAUGCUCAGGAUCCAGCCGCUUGAGAGAGCUACUUCGCUUUUGAGAUUAGUUAACAACAAGGCGGAUAUUAUGCACGCUUGAUCGAGCAGUUGCCAUCAACUGCAAGAAGGAACCGUGGUAUGAGGACAUUGAUUCUAGUAGCAGUUAUAUAAAGAUAUGAAUCGCCUUAAUGUUUGCUGACCCCAAAUUACCUAUCUCAGCAAACUGCAUGAGCUGCCAAUAUGGAAGGUAAAGGAAUCAACCGCCAAUCUGCUGUGGAUCUCAUGGCAGGGGCCAUUGGAUGCCUACUCCCCAAGCUGGGCGAGUUCCUCAAGCAGGAGCACAAUCUGGAAACUAGUAUAAAGCAGGACAUAGAGUCUCUUGAUACACAGCUGAGGACAAUAAUGGACACUGCCCUGCCAUGGGUGCAGCAGGACGAUAAGCAUUGUGCCUACCAACUGAGAGGGCUGUCAUAUGACAUAGAAGAUAUCAUGGACAACUUGCUGCUACUCGUCGGCAAGGCCUCAGCCUCAAAGCCUAUCACAAACCAGGACAGCUUCAAGGAGACGUUGGAAGACAUCAAGAUCCAGGUGAAAAAUCUGGCUGCCUCACAUGCUGGCAAUUUUGUGGCUACGAUAAGUACUGUUGAUCCAUGCCUUGAUGACAUGUACUACAAAGGAUCAAGACGACUUGUUGGCACCCACAAGUUAAGAGAUACACUCAUAUCUAGCAUGUCUUCAUCGUCUCAGCGACUGAAGAAAAUUUCUAUCUGGGGUGCUGGAGGGAUGGGCAAGACCACUCUUGCAAAAGCAGUCUAUGAAAAUAUGAAAGGCGACUUCCAUUGCAGCACUUUUGUUUCUAUUGGCCGACUACCUGAUAUGAAGAAAGCCUUGAGGGACAUUCUCAUAGAUAUUGGCAAGGAAAGGUAUAUGGUUCUUAACAUGACCAAGCUGGAUAAAAGGCAGCUCAUUGAUGAGCUCCGACAUUUCCUGAGAAACAAGAGAUUCUUAAUUGUUAUCGAUGAUAUAUGGGACAUGCCUUCAUGUGAAGUAAUUAAAUGUGCUUUGGUGGAUAGUGGUUGUGGAAGUAGAAUAAUCACAACUUCUUGUAGAAUCGACGUCGCAGAAACAAGUGGUGAAGUUUUCGAGCUAAUGCCACUUUCCAUUGAUGACUCCAAGGAACUAUUCUAUGCCACAUUAUUUAGUAGUAAAAGCACAAUUACUUUUGAUCCACUAGAUGAGCAGUUCACUGAAUAUAUUCUUCACAAAUGUGGUGGUGUACCAUUGGCUAUAAUUACAAUAGCUAGUUUGUUGGCCCGUAAACCACAAGACGAAUGGACUAGGGUGUACAACUCUAUUGGAUUUGGGCAUGAAGAUUAUAUAGCUGUCGAGAACACAAGAAAGAUAAUCCAAUGUAGUUACUAUGACCUACCAAGCCAUCUAAAGACCUGCAUAUUGUAUUUAAGCAUAUUUCCCGAAUACUAUGUAAUUGAGAAAGACGCAUUGGUGUGGAGAUGGGUAGCUGAGGGCUUUGUGCAUGAAGAACAAGGGAAAUCCUUAUUUAAGGUCGGAGAGAGGUACUUGUAUGAGCUUAUUAGUAGAAGCAUGAUCGAGCUAGUAGAAAAUGAGGGCACCAACAUACGUGCUUGCCGUGUUCACGAUAUGGUGCUUGAUUUGAUCCGUCCUGUAGGAAAACAAGAAGACUUUAUUACUAUAUUGGAUGGGUAUGAUCAUGAUCAACGUCAAUCUUAUCAAAGCAAUGCUCGUAUAAUAGCCAUCCAAAAUAGAGUCCUGGAGAAGCAUGAUCUGAUGACUAGAAUGCACAAACCAAAAGUGAGGUCAUUUAACGGCUAUGCGUGCCGUAUUAGCAGUAUGACGUUACUACGACUGGGUUUUCAGAAUUUGCGUGUCCUUUCUUUAGAAGGUUGUGAGAUAACUGCAGACGGUUCUGAUGGUCUGAAGAAUCUUGCGGGGUUACUUCACUUGAGAUACCUUGGACUUCAUGGGAGGAAUAUUUGGAAUCUGCCAAUGGAAAUUGGUGAUUUAAGAUAUUUACAGACACUAGUCUUGACGGAUACCUACAUAACGGCACUGCCACACAGUGUUACCCUGCUAAGACAACUGAAGUGCUUGUGGUGUUUUGGGUUAAUACUAGAAUUGCCAGAAGGGAUGGGAAACCUAACAUCAUUGGAAGAGCUGCGGUUGGGGACACUUGACAGUAAUUCCCUAAACUUUGCCAAAGAGCUGAGCAAGAUGAAAGAUCUACGGGUGCUCAGUAUUAUUAACACAGACACUUUCUAUGGCAAGUGGAUGGAAUCCUUAACAGAGUCUCUAAGUAAAUUGCAAAAAAUGGAAGAACUAGAGCUUUUUUGUGAUGGACCGAGCAGCGACAAGCCCUGCUGCAGCCAUGUCAUUGCUCCUGGAGCAUUCCCCAAACUGCAGUACCUCAGAACGAAAACCUGGCUGAUGUUUCAUCCAGGUGCUGUGCCUUGCCUUAAAUCUGUUGAGCUCCACAUCCAUGUGCACGCCCUCAAGGAUGCCAACUUUGACUUCCACGACUUCUCUAAAUUGAGUUACCUCCGUUUGCUUGAGAAAGCCCAUGUUCAAAUCAACUGCUGGGGAGGCAAGAUGGAGGAUGUAGAGGAGGCGGAGGUAGCACUGAAGCAAGUACUCCACAGCCAUCCGAACCGUUCCACACUUAUUCUUGAAAGAUUUGGUCGGUGUGCAGAUAACAAGGAGUUCAAGAAGAUAUCCCAAAAGAAAAUAUGGGUCAAAGAUAAAUAUCGAAAACCAUGCAAAGUCAAAUGUAUGGGCUUCCUUGACCUUGGGUACAGUGACAAGUUACACCAUUCUCGAGUGGGACCAGAAGUCAUUACAUUAGAAUCAUUAAUUAUAAUGACAGGAUUUCUCCAAUAAGCGAAAGCUUGGUAGCGGGACGUUUGGAACAGUA